AUGGACUCCCCUAACAUUUUUGGGGACCAGCCUAAACGCCAGUGUCCUCACUGCAAGUUUUAUCCCAAACAUGGCGAGAAUAAGGUAUGCGAAGCCUGUGAAUCCCAGAUGGGCAAGGACGAAAUCGAAGUCUUUCUUGGAGGCGUAGAACGGGACUGGUGUGUAUACCACCUAAAUCGAAGAGGAUUUCUACCUGGUCGCGCCGCUCUCGAGGAUACCAUGCGCGCUCGAUUAAUUCAGGAGCAACGCUGUGUACGCUUUUGUUGCGCCGAAACAAAAUUACCCAUCUACGUGCAUUGCGAAGACUGCCGCGAAAUGCUACUCUGCAAGGGUGUCCCGAUCGAGGUUGCGAACAGGAAGAUUUACGAGCUUACAUAUUAUGAUGCUUUUCCGGACUAUGAUGACGACUCUUUCGCAGUAAGAGUUGCUAGAGGUGAGGCGAGCAUAUACGAAGAGGAUUGGAGCUGGGAUUGUUCGUUGGCAAAGUUUGUGCAUCCUGAUCGCAAGAGUUUCAAGGGGAACACAAGCCCUGAAGAGAUGGUCUAA